AAGUUAAACAAGAAUGUGGGCAACAAUACAGUGGACGUGGGUGGGGGCUCCACUGUGGAAGCAGCAUUACCAGGCUCUCUCGAAACGCGAGCUUGCAGCGUGGGACGGCGUCAUGGAGUCCCGGAGAUGGCGAGGCUGCGCGUGGUUGGUGACGGUGAGGCGUUGACGGAGCGAUUACUUUGACGCAGCUUUAUGGGGGUGGAGGUGGAAUGGAGAAUGAGCAGCUCUCGUGUCCGCCCCUUCGGAAUAAACGCCGCAGAAUUGCUUCUUGUGCGUUCUCGCCGUGUGCUUGUCUUGUCUGGAUGCCAUGCCUAGCACUGCCGUCGCUGCGUAGGCCCUCUUCACCCUGUUUCCGACUUGGUUCUUUAAGACUGCGAGUUUUGGGUAGUCUUACUCGUCGAGAAUCCCCCCCCUCUCCCUGGUCAAUGUCCCUGUUGCUUGGGUUGUUAUAAAACCUUCGAUGUUGCGGUGGUUUUGUCAUUGCUUGCUUUCGAGGUUGGAUUCUAGUGUCCGCUUCGCUGUCACUUGAGUGGAUUGGCAGCGAGGAGGUGAUCAGUUGGGUGGUAGGAGGGAACAGUGUGAGCUGUUGUAUGAACUGUUGUGUGAGUCUUUGGGGUGAGAGGGAGAAAGUUGGGGGAGGCGUUCUGGAAAGGGGACUGUGUGUUCAGAGCGAGAUGGAUGGUCGAUUGUUUCUGCAAGGGCUUGAGACGGUUGCAUUCGUUUGCGUCUCGGUUUUGCUGAUUUCUCAGCUAUGGCCUAAGAAUGAAGAGCGUGCCAAGAUUAAUACGCGCUUGCCUCGUGGGUCGUAUGGCCUGCCCCUCGUUGGCGAGACGCUGAAAUACAUGGCUAGUAUGAUGACAUCCGCUCCCGCGUUCAUGGCGGAGCAUCGACAGAAGUACGGGGAGAUGUUCAAAUCGAAGCUGAUGGGCGCGUUUUGUAUAAUCACGACGAAAGCCGAUACGAUCAAGUGGGUGCUUAACCAUGAAGGCAAGCAGUUCGUGACUGGGUACCCGAAAUCCUUUCGCAAGGUGUUGGGAGAGUACGCCGCGCUGAGCCUCCACGGAGAUCAAUGGAAGAGCACGCGGCGGUUUCUCGUGAACAGUCUCCGCGUCGAGUUGCUGAGGGAGCGCAUUCCGACGAUUGAGCAAGCUGUGCUGGAGAAUCUGAACCCUUGGGCAGCAAAAGAAUCCGUGAGCAUCCGGGAGGAGACAAAGACGUUGGCCUUCAAUGUAGUGGCGCAAUAUCUUCUUGGAUCGAGGCUAAAAUCAGGCCCCGUCAACGAUUCCCUGCGCAACGACUUCUACACCUUGACGGAGGGGCUGUUUGCGCUGCCAAUCAAUCUCCCUGGGACCAACUACAGGAAAGGGCUCGAAGCGCGCGCGCGCAUCAUAGAGACGCUCGAGCGAGACGUGGUGAGCCAGGCGCGGCCAGUUGGAGACGAAGACCAGUACGCCGAUUACAUGGACUACAUGCGGAAAGAAAACUUACCUGGAACCACCGAGGAGUUGCUGCUCGAGAAGACUCGGUGUCACGUACUGGGGAUGCUAUUCGCCGGCCACGAGACCGCCGCAAGUGCGAUGCUGUUCGCCGUGAAAUACAUCAUGGAUAAUCCCCGCGUCCUGAAUGAGCUCCGGGCCGAGCAUGAGAACAUUCGAAUCUCGAAAUUCGAAGGCGGGAGCCUGACAUGGGACGAUUACAAAAACAUGCGAUUCACGCAGUCGGUCAUCACCGAGACGUUGCGGCUUGCGAAUCCCGUCGCCUUGCUGUGGCGUGAAGCAACGGAGGAUGUCCAGUUGAAUGGGUACGUGAUUCCUAAGGGCUGGAAGACGGUGUGCGCAAUUCGAGAAGCGCAUCACGACCCCGCAUUGUUCGACCGCCCGUCUGAGUUCAAUCCAUGGCGCCACGAGCAGGAAGUGAUGAACCCAGCUAAGAAGUUGCCAUUGCUGGGGUUCGGAGGCGGCCCGAGGUACUGCCCGGGAGCUGAGCUCGCGCGCGCCGAGAUCUGCAUUUUUCUGCACCACCUGGUGACGAAGUUCGACUUGAAGAGUUGUGGUGAGGAGACGGUUUCCUUCUUCCCCGUCCCCAAGUUCAGCAAUGGGCUCCAAGUGCAAGUGCAGGAGCGUGAUCUCUCAACCAGAAUUUCACACAAAAUCAGGGUGCACUAAAUUCCAUCUUCAUCCCUUUGCUGAUUCGCCGCGAUCGAAGCGCUCUCAUUCUUUGGUUAUCCUGAAUUGUAAAGGUCCUUUCGGGAAAACUGCUGCAAGACACGAAAAUACCGACUUGACUUUCUGCUGCCAAUUCUUUUUUUGUUUUUUAAUUUUUCUUCUCCCUCAGAGCAAUUGGGGAACAUGAUCAUCCUCGCUGGCAGGGAUUUAGAGACAAAGUAUCCAGCAUUCACAAAUUUUGAGCUGGGAACCGUGUAGAGAUAGACAAGCUAACGAGCCGCUAUGUAAGGACCGAAGGCUAGCUGAAGCCGCGAACCAACAUUUACGAGUUCUGUAGAGAAGUGUCAAUGGUUUUACACACAAUUGGUUGAGAGACAGGACAGAAAUCAAGAGCCUGAUGUGUAGAGUUACCAACCAUGCAAUGAAGAACAAUUAAAUCUGGUCAAAAA